UGCGCGCGGGGGGCCGUGGCGGCCGGUCCUGGGCCGUUGCCGUGACAGCGAGCGCGAGCCAGCCCCCGUCUCUGCCAAUCCCGUCCCUGCUCUCGCCGCCCGUCGCCGCGCGCGCUGCCCCCUCUCUCCCCUCGCUCACUUCCCAGCUCCCCGGCGCCGUCCGCGCGCACUCCGCUGCGAGCACCGACCCGACCACCAGCCGACAUGGGAGCACCGUCUUCCAUCCUCCUCCCUGCUUGUGAACUGACCCUCCCCUCCUCCCCACAGGCCUCCGGCGUCACAGUGAACGAUGAAGUCAUUAAGGUUUUCAACGACAUGAAGGUCCGCAAGUCGUCGUCGUCCGAAGAAGUGAAAAAGAGGAAGAAGGCUGUGCUGUUCUGCCUCAGCGAGGACAAGAAGAAAAUCAUCGUGGAGGAAGGGAAGGAGAUCUUGGUGGGAGACAUCGGCGAGACAGUAGAGGACCCUUACGCUUCUUUUGUGAAGCUUCUACCUCUGAAUGACUGUCGAUAUGGCCUGUACGACGCCACGUACGAGACAAGAGAGUCCAAGAAGGAAGACCUGGUAUUUAUAUUCUGGGCUCCAGAAAGUGCUCCUCUAAAAAGCAAGAUGAUCUAUGCUAGCUCUAAAGAUGCCAUCAAAAAGAAAUUCACAGGUAUUAAACACGAAUGGCAAGUUAACGGUUUAGAUGACAUUCAGGACCGCUCUACCUUGGCAGACAAGUUAGGAGGGAGCGUGGUAGUUUCGCUCGAAGGGAGACCCUUGUAAACUGACAGUCAAGUGCCAUCUGGAUCCAAGAAGCUUCCAUUACAGCAUCCCUGUUGAUAUCAUUUGAUCCUGUUGGGAUAGUUUUAGUUUUUGGUUUUUAUUUUUCCACACUGAAGGAGAUCUCAUUAACUUAAAACACCUACCAGCGAUUGGCAUUCGACUCCCCCGAGAUCCUGGUAGAUCACACACGUAGAGCUUCAAGGAAUGCUUUCACGCCAUUUGUUCUGCCAGAAACCAUCGCGAGAAGAAGGAACACCCACAAGUGGCGCUGCAUGCAUUCCUUGCGACAAGUACAGCAACAAUUUCAUGUUCACUAUCGUACGACAAAUCCAGUACGAUUCCUGAAUGCCUGACAGCUCUGUCCACUACCGAGGCACCAGCCAGUAUUCAACACUACCGAUUUGCACUUGUUUGAAUUUCCAUGAGGCAUGUGAUAUAACUUCCCACCUUCAGUACCCUGGGGUUUCUGACAUGGCAAAACCCGUUUCACACUAUGCAGAAAAAAAGCACUUUUUUGUAAUUGUUUUGUUUAGACACUUCGGAAAGGAAUGCCAAUUGAGUUUCUGUAUUUAUGUCACCUAGGAGUUAACGUACCUCGGCUUUCAUUCCUGAUCAUGCAUAUUUAAAACAAUGCUUUUCCGUUGCCUUCUUGCUUUCCUGAGAACGUACGCUGUCACUGAUUUAAACAGAAGAGGGGGGAGUGGGGGUGGCAGGGAAACUACUGCGAUUUCACAACCCAGAGAAAUAUAUACAUCCUCAUUCAAGAUGGCAAUAUCUGUACGAGCGGAGCCUUAAGUGGAAUAUUGUUUCUGAGAUCAGUGAAGUUGCCACUUUGCAAUAAAACCUUGUGGCUUAUAAAGGAAAGCUGCCUUUUUCCAUUUAUUUGAGCAGCGUCUUCAUCUGAUUUUGAGUUUUAGUUUUCAUCAGAGUUCAUAUUGGGGUGUGGGGGGGCAUGAUGAAGAUCAAUAGUGACGGGGAAAAAACUCCCCCUCCUGAAGUGAAUUCUGUAUAUAAAUACAGAACAGGCGCUGGAACAGUCAGCGUUGUGAGCAAAUUGAAAUGGGUAUGUUCGUCCGGGAAGCUUCUGUAACUCAGUAAUGUUAGAAUAGCCACCACAUGUGUUAAGAGACAAGUAUGUCAGGGCAGUUGGUCUACUGAUAGUAAAUGUGAUGGACUAAGCUCUUUAAGUUGGAUACUGUUAAAAUGGAGUUGCAUGCUUAUAAAUAUCAAAGAAUAGCAUAUCUAUUUUGUUCAAUUUCUGUGAAGUUGCCUAUUGGUGAUUUGCUUGUGGCAUUCGUUUUAAACGUGUGAAAAGAAAGUGAAGGAAAUAAGGAAAAAUACAUUUCACGGCAUUGUAGUGCAAACACUUGGGCCUGUUUUCAGGGGCUGAUUGUUUGCUUUUCUUUUUGGUAAUGAUAACAUUUUUAUUACAUAAUAAAUUUGUGCUGUCUAAACUUUGAUAAAGGAAAACAAUUUGGAAGUGAA